UACCUGGUUUAAAGUCAGUGGCGCGUUGUUCAGAUGCUAUUUUAAGGGCGCAUGCAUACAUGCGCAUGCGAUGCAUACGGAUUGCUUGUGCACCUCGCGCAUACACUUUGCCUCUCCCAUCUACCUAGCCGCACAUUCUUGGUAAAUUAUUUGGGAAAGAACAGCUGAUGCAGCGUUAAUAAGUUGUACUUUUAAAUCAAUGCAUCUGCAAACACCGUACAGCAAACACAUAUUUUCUUGACAGAGACAUCGUGUAGGCCUACAUGCCCAUAACUUUUAGGAUUGAUGAGUAUUUGAUCGUGAAAAACAUUGUUUUACCGCGAGUGAGUGUUAAAAAGAAGGAAUGAAUGCGGGCGCGCGUGUGUGCUCUGUUUAAACACACGCAAACUAAACACCUCAUCCUCAUCCUCAUCCUCAUCCGCUUAUCCGGGGUCGGGUCGCGGGGGGAGCAGCUCAAGCAGGGGGCCCCAGACUUCCCUUUCCCGGGCCACAUUGACCAGCUCUGACGGGGGGAUCCCGAGGCGUUCCCAGGCCAGUGUUGAGAUAUAAUCUCUCCACCUAGUCCUGGGUCUUCCCCGAGGUCUCCUCCCCACUGGACGUGCCUGAAACACCUCCCAAGGAAGGCGCCUAGUGGGCAUCCUUACCAGAUGCCCGAACCACCUCAGCUGACUCCUUUCUAAGUAAAGGAGCAGCGGCUCUAAUCCGAGUUCCUCACGGAUGGCUGAGCUUCUCACCCUAUCCCUGAGGGAGACGCCAGCCACCCUUCUGAGAAAACUCAUCUCGGCCGCUUGUACCCGCGAUCUCGUCCUUUCGGUCAUCACCCAGCCCUCAUGACCAUAGGUGAGGAUAGGAACGAAGAUCGACCGGUAGAUCGAGAGCUUUGCCUUGCGGCUCAGCUCUCUUUUCGUUACAACGGUGCGGUAAAGCGAACGCAAUACCGCCCCCGCUGCUCCGAUUCUCCGGCCAAUCUCACGCUCCAUAGUACCCUCACUCGCGAACAAGACCCCGAGGUACUUGAACUCCUUCACUUGGGCUAAGGACUCAUUUCCUACCCGGAGUAAGCAAUCCACCGGUUUCCUGCUAAGAGUCAUGGCCUCAGAUUUAGCGGUGCUGAUCCUCAUCCCAGCCGAUUCACACUCGGCCGCCAGCCGAUCCAGUGAGUGCUGAAGGUCACAGGCCGAUGAUCCAAUGAGGACCACAUCAUCUGCAAAAAGCAGUGACGAGAUCCUCAGACCACCGAACUGCAACCCCUCCCCACCACGACUACGCCUCGAUAUCCUGUCCAUGUAUAUCACAAACAGGAUUGGUGACAAGGCGCAGCCCUGGCGGAGACCAGCACCCACUGAGAACGAAACUGACUGGCUGCCGAGAACACGAACACAGCUCUCGCUUUGGGAGUACAAAGAUUGGAUGGCCCUGAGGAUAGACCCCCUUACCCCAUACUCCCGCAGCACCUCCCACAGUUUCUCCCGGGGGACCCGGUCAUACGCCUUCUCCAGAUCCACAAAACACAUGUAGACCGGAUGGGCAUACUCCCAGGCCCCCUCCAGGAUCCUUGCGAGAGUGAAGAGCUGGUCCGUAGUUCCACGUCCGGGGCGAAAACCGCAUUGUUCCUCUUCAAUCUGAGGUUCGACGAUCGGCCGAACCCUCCUUUCCAGCACCUUGGAGUAGACUUUACCAGGGAGGCUGAGAAGUGUGAUACCCCGGUAAUUGGCACACACUCUCUGGUCCCCCUUUUUGAACAGGGGAACCACCACCCCGGUUUGCCCCUCCUUUGGCACUGUACCCGACUCCCACGCGAUGUUGAAUAGGCGUGUCAACCAUGACAGCCCCUCAACACCCAGAGCCUUUAGCAUUUCUGGCUGGAUCUCAUCAAUCCCUGGGGCUUUGCCACUGCGGAGAUGUUUGACUACCUCAGUGACCUCCACCAGGGAAAUUGACGACGAAACACCAUCAACCUCGAGCUCUGCCUCCAACAUAGAGGGCGUGUUAUUCGGAUUCAGGAGUUCCUCAAAGUGUUCCUUCCAACGUCCGACGACCUCCUCAGUUGAGGUCAACAGAGUCCCAUCCUUACUGUACACAGCUUGGAUGGUUCCCCGUUUCCCCCUCCUGAGGUGCCGGAUAGUCUUCCAGAAACACUUUGGUGCCGACCGAAAGUCCUUCUCCAUGGCCUCUCCGAACUUCUCCCACACCCGCUGCUUAGCCUCCGACACGGCAGCCACUGCAGCCCUUCGAGCCUGUCGGUACCCUGCAACCGAGUCAGGAGUCCUCCAGGAUAUCAUAUCCCGGAAGGCCUCCUUCUUCAGUCGGACGGCUUCCCUGACCACCGUAGUCCACCACGGUGUCCGAGGGUUACCGCCCCUUGAGGAGCCUAAGACCCUGAGGCCACAGCUAGCCACCGCAGCUUCAGCAAUGGAGGCUUUGAACACCGCCCACUCCGGCUCAAUGCCCCCAACCUCCACAGGAAUGCCAGAAAAGCUCCGCCGGAGGUGUGAGUUGAAGAUACCUAGGACGGGGGCCUCCUCCAGACGUUCCCAGUUCACCCGCACUACUCGUUUGGGCUUACCAGGUCUAUCCGGAAAUUUCCCCCAUUCCCUGAUCCAACUCACAACCAGAUGGUGGUCGGUUGACAGUUCCGCCCCUCUCUUUACCCGAGUGUCCAAAACAUGCGGCCUCAGAUCAGAUGACACGAUCACGAAAUCGAUCAUCGAUCUUCGGCCUAGGGUACUCUGGUACCAGGUACACUUAUGAGCACCCUUAUGUUCGAACAUGGUGUUUGUUAUGGAUAAUCCAUGACUAGCACAGAAGUCCAAUAACAAACGACCGCUCGGGUUUAGAUCAGGGAGGCCGUUCCUCCCCACCACGCCUCUCCAGGUGUCUCCAUCGUUGCCCACGUGGGCGUUGAAGUCUCCCAGCAGAACUACGGAGUCCCCUACUGGAGCCCCAUACAGGACUCCAUUCAGGGUCUCCAAGAAGGCCGAGUACUCUGAGCUGCUGUUUGGUGCAUACGCACAAACAACAGUCAGAGUUUUCCCCCCUACAACCCUUAGGCGCAGGGAGGCGACCCUCUCGUCUACCGGGGUAAACUCCAACACCGCGGCGCUCAGCCGGGGAUUUAUGAGUAUCCCCACACCCGCCCGGCGCCUCACGCCCUUGGCAACUCCGGAGAAGAAUAGAGUCCAACCCUUAUGCAGGAGUACGGUACCAGAGCUGAGACUGUGCGUGGAGGUAAGCCCCACCAGAUCUAACUGAUAGCGCUCCACCUCCCUCACAAGCUCCGGUUCCUUUCCCCACAGCGAGGUGACGUUCCACGUCCCCAGAGCCAGCUUCUGCCGCCCGGGUCUGGUCCGUCGAGACCCCUGACCUUCGCUGCCACCCAUGUGGCUGCGCACCCGACCCCAACGGGUCUUCCCACAGGUGGUGGGCCCAUGGGAUGAAGAGAGGGGGGGUGCCACGUAGUUUGUUCGGGCUGUGCCCGACCGGGCUUCGUGGCAAACCCGGCCACCAGGCGCUUGCCAUCGAGCCCUCCGUCUGGGCCUGGCUCCAGACGGGGGCCCCGGGCUUCUUCCGGGCCGGGUCACAUCUCCUCUUUUUUCGUUAUUCAUUGGAGUUUUUUGAACCAUUCUUAGUCUGGCCCCUCACCUGAGACCACUCUGCCAUGAGAGACCCUACCAGGAGCACAAGGCUCCAGACAACACAGCUCUCAGGUUCACAGGGACACGCAAACCUCUCCACCACGAUAAGGUGACGGUUCCAGGA